AUGCCUCCGGUCAAGCACCGUAAAGUCGUGAUGCUGGGAUACCCAUCUGUCGGUAAAUCUUCACUGGCGCUACAGUUUAUCAAAGGAGAUUUCCCAAAGGACUAUGAACCCACUAUUGAAAACACCUGGAGUAAGACAUUUGUACUGGGCAAUGAUGAAUUUGAACUGGAUGUGGUGGACACAGCCGGACUAGAUGAAUAUUCUCUGCUCCCUCAGUCCUUUGUUUUUGGCAUACAUGGAUACAUUGUGGUUUACUCCGUCGCCUGCUCAAGAAGCUUCCAAAUUGCCAGUGGAUUGUACAGAAUACUUGUGGACAAAAGGGGGAAAUGCCUAAUGCCAAUUGUAUUAGUGGGGAAUAAGACUGAUCUACCAUCCCAUUGUCGUGAAGUGAAAUCAGAAGAUGGGAAGAAGUUGGCUGAAUCUUGGGGGGCUGCAUUUAUGGAGGUUUCUGCUAAAGACCCCGAGAAAAGCAAAGAGAUUUUCACCAAAAUCAUUGAGGAAAUUGACCGUGUGGAAAGAUCUUUCUGUGAAGAGAAGAGAUGCUCCGUGAUGUGA